AUGCUCGGGAAGCGUUCAGGCCCCGGCGGCGGCCAUGGCGACGACAUCAUCGUCAAGUUUUUGGAUGGCCGAGAGGCCACUGUCGAGGCACGACCCUCUCCUGGUGGGGGGGGGGAGGGUACGAUCGUUCUGCCCAGGGCACCAUGGGCCCGCCUCCCUCCCAACACCCUCGUCCGGCCUGGCCGCUGGCUCCUGCAAGCAGGCAUGUCCGUCCUCUUCGAGGAGGGCACGCUCGUGACCGAGGAUGGCGUUUCGUUGUCGGAACAGAACGUCCCGCACGUCGACAUUCCCCGUCGGCACCAUCGUCGAGGCGGUCCGACCCUCGCCGAAUCUGAAAUUACCUUCCCCGAGAACUUCACUGUCCCCGAGGGGGGCUUCCUCAUCGGGCCCGCGGGCACCACCCUCUCCGACGGUAGCAUCCUCCCUAGUGGUAGCGAUUUCCCGGGCGGUGUCGUCCUCCCCAACGGCAUCCUCCUCGCCGAUGGCACCGAGCUGCCCAAGAAUAUCCAUUUGGCCGAGGGUCAAAGCCUCCCCGGCGGCAACAAAGUCCCGGAGAGGACCGAAGAGGAGAAGAAGGAGGAUGAGGUGGUGGCGGCUGAGGCGGCGGUGAAGGUGAAGAAGGUGGAUGAGGAAGGUUGCAACUGUUUUCACCUUCGAUGGCUUUGCAUGGAACGAGUGGCUCACAGCCAUGAGUAG